AUGUCGGGCCUCGAGCUGCGCAAGGCCAGCCGCCCACUGCACCUCACUAGAAUUCAAGUGUUUCGGGAAAGGGGCGGUGGCGAUGAACUACGAGACCGUGAAGUACAGCACGUACGGCGUGGAGAUAAACCAGCCAAAGAGCACGCUCCGCCUCCAGGCCUGGUAUCGCCUAGCAGCAAUUUCAUGCAGCUCGAGCCGUCGAAGGGCCCCAUUCCGUGCGCGGGAAAACACUCCGUGCGCUUGCGAUACGGGGCCCGAGACGCAGAAGCGGUUGCACUUCCAGAUCAUGCUCGUGGUAAGAUACUCAAGGACAAGGUCGUGGAUGUUGCCUUCAACCCUGACGCCAGCUUUUGGUGGAGGAGACUUGAACGCGAUGCUUCGAGCAAUAUGGCCGGAAGCCCAAUGUCGACGGGCAGCUUCGAGUUUGAACUCGAACCGGACUACAGCUACGUGCCCCGAGUUAAAGUGCUGGCCUUCUAUGUCCGCCCCGACGGCGAGGUCAUCGCGGACUUGAACAGUUCGAAGUGGAAAAGUGCCUCGAAAACAACGAAACGAAAGGCGUACGCGGUGCUGGCCUACCUCAAGCUGAACCCAGAGGAGAACCUGAAUAAGGCACAGCCAAUUGUCCGCUGGAUGGCAACCAAGAGAAACAGCCGCGGAGGCUUCCCGUCUACGCAGGACACAGUGCUCGGCCUUCAGGCCCUCGCUGCGUUCGCCACCUUUGUCAGCAAGGAUCCAGUGGACAUCACAGUUAAAGUUGACGGCAACGGCAUUAGCGAGUCUUACAACCUGAAGGAGGACACUAAGCUGGUGGUACAAGAGAAAAAGGUCGUGAGGUUGCCCAACAAGCUUACCUCAGAAGCAACGGGUCCCGGAUGCGCUUUGGUGUCGACCACAUUGAAGUACAAUGUUCACGCGGCAUCCAAGAGCGAAGGCUUUGAGCUUACGGCCACUCCGUCCCAAGAAGCAACAGAUUGCAGCGACCUCAAGCUCAAUAUUUCCAUCAGGUACGAUGGCAAGAAGCCCUCUAACAUGGCGGUGCUGGAGCUCAAGCUUCUGUCCGGCUACGUCCCUGACGAGAACCACAUAUACAGCCUAUACCGUGGGAAAGACGUCAAGCUGAAGAGGCACGAAGUUGAGAAGAACCAAGUCAACUUCUACUUUGAGGAGAUAACCUCAGAAAACAAGCGCUUCGACGUUCGCCUCCACCGCGAGUUUGCCAUUGAAGACGCGAAGCCCGCCACAGUUAAGGUCUACGACUAUUAUGAGCAAGAAAACAGCAACUCUGUGCCUUACUCCCUCGUAGUGCCCUGCUAGUAAACGUCACUCAUCAUUUUUUUUUCAACUGUUAUUUUUUCUUUUACUCGCGCCCUUUUGUUGGAACGAACGCGACAAUGACAAUACGCGUCACAAGCACAACAUUAAGUGAAACACGCAUUUACCUUCUCGCACCUAUAUAUUUUAUUCUUCUCUCUC